CAACAAGAACAACAACAACGAAUGUAGUCAAAUUCAUAAUACAAGCAAAUCUUUGACUAGAUAGAAUUUUGACAUUAAAAAUCAUGUGUGACCGAUUCCGUAAAGAUUUCCAUCGCUUAAUGCGAACAUGUUCGAAUGGGAAUGAGCAAAUAACGAUAAUCGAAUGGAACGACGAAGAGCUCGAUGUGUUUAAAGUAAAGAUAAGACCAGCCAAUGGCCCAUAUAGAGGAGGCGAAUUUGAAUUCAUCAUCCGAGAAGAAAACUAUCCAAAUUGUCCUCCAUUGGUACACUGCUGCAACGACAUCUAUCAUCCGAAUAUCGACCCGACGAGCGAAUUCGAAGAAGGAAACGUCUGCAUAAAUUUACUAGAAGAAUGGAAUCCCAGAUUCAAUCUGGAUACCUUAAUGCAAGGUCUAUUGUUCAUCUUUUAUGAACCUAACUUAGAUGAUCCAUUAUCACCAUAUUUUGCUGGGGUUUCAUAUGAAACGUUUAACGAGGACGUCAGACGCUCGAUCAAAGGACUAGAGGUUGAUGGUAACAUAUUUGACAACGUCUUGAGAGACGGUUGGUUAGACUUUGAAAAAGAACCCAGCGACACAAACACAACAAAUUUAAAUGAUCUUUGUGUUGUUGUUUUAAAUGAGAAUGAUGAUGAUAACGAUGACAUCGAUGACAAAUCCAACACCGUUAAAAACACGGAAGAUGAUACUACUACAGCAGCAAUGAAUAGACAAAACUCAAAAUUUGAGAAGGAUGAAGUUAUACAAAAUCCGGAACACAUAAAACAUCAAGUCGUCAACAAGCUGGACAUUUAUCACCAAUACAUAGGCGCUAUUGUUCCUCAGAUUUUCCACAAAGCAUUUUAUACACAUUUUGCGACAUCGAUUAUCACUACAUUGGUUCAAAUUACAUUGACUGUUUUAAGGUAGCAUCUAUUGUAACUUUAUGUGCACAUUGCAGUGUUGUUUGUGGUUUGUUGGGUUACUGUAAAGUUUACCUUAAUAUAUAUUAUAAUAUAUUCUCCGUGCGGCUGCCGUGGGAAAUGUGACUGCAAAAGUAUGAGAGCGCAGAAAUUCCACGGCGAGCGUAGAAAUGUUACUGGCCGCAGAAAUGAUAGACCGCAAGGUCGCCGUAGGAAAUGUGACUGGGGUGUUAGUAACUGCACAAUAACAAGAAAUUCACAGUACAGUUUUUUAUGGCAUACAGUUAUAUGUUAGAAUUACAAUUACAUAAAUAUAAUCUAGAAUAGCAAUGAAAUAAAACUUUAAAAACAAAGUGUAAAAUCAGUAUGCAUGUUUAU